GCAUCCUGACAUUUCAUCAUAUUCUAUCGUCCCCCUCUUAUUGAUCCUUUUUCAAUUUUUCUAAAACCCUAAAAUCCCAAAUUCAAACAUAAGGGUUUAUGGUAAAUAUCGUAAUCAAAAUCUCAUGGUGAAAUAGGAACACAAUUGCUCCAAUUAAUGGCGAUUACAGGCCUCGGUGGCCUAGCUUGCAGUUGCAGACCUCAUUUAUAUCUCCGCCCCCCUCUCUUCCACUGCCUUCGUAAGGCGCGGUUCAGUGCAGUAGCAGCAAUUGAGACUAUUGAUGAACCGGAGCACAUAAUCAAUGAUAAUAAGAAGAAGAAAAAGAAGAAGCAUGAUUCUUCAGGAGUAGAAAUUAGAGAAGGAGAGGUAAAGGGACCGGAAUGGAAGAAAUUGAAAUCCAAGGACCUUGGAAUUAGUAAUUCCAUGAUAUCAGGGCCUACGAAAAAGGUUCUUAGUGGGCUCAAGCAAAGAGGGUAUGAGGUGUACCUUGUUGGAGGCUGUGUUCGUGAUCUUAUUUUGGACAGAGUUCCAAAGGAUUUUGAUAUCCUUACAUCAGCUGAACUUAAACAGGUAGCGAGGACAUUCGCACGGUGUGAAAUAGUUGGCAGACGGUUCCCUAUAUGUCUUGUCCAUAUAGGGGAUACUACAUUGGAGGUUUCAAGUUUUGGCACUACAGCACAAAAGUUCGGUGGGGAUUGGAGCUAUGAUGUUCAAAGUCCCUUUGAUUGUGACAAGAAAGAUUAUGUUCGUUGGAGGAAUUGUUUGCAGAGGGACUUCACAAUCAAUGCGUUGAUGUUUGAUCCAUAUGCAAAAAUAGUGUAUGACUACAUGGGAGGUCUUGAAGAUAUUAGAAAGGCUAAAGUGCGAACUGUUAUUCCUGCAAGUAAUUCUUUUCAGGAGGAUUGUGCUCGCAUUCUACGUGCAGUAAGAGUUGCUGCACGCUUAGGAUUCCGCUUUUCAAGAGAAACAGCUCAUUUUCUUACAAACUUUGCUAGCUCAAUUUUAAGACUUGAUAAGGCAAGGCUUCUGAUGGAAAUGAACUACAUGCUAGCAUAUGGUUCUUCUGAGGCUUCAUUUAGGUUGUUAUGGAGAUUUGGGCUUCUUGAAAUACUUCUGCCCAUGCAGGCAGCAUAUUUAGUCCGCAGUGGUUUUAAGAGGCGUGACAAGAGAUCUAACAUGCUUUUGUCUCUUCUUUCCAACAUGGAUAAGCUUUUUGCUCCUGAUAGACCAUGCCAUGGCAGUUUAUGGGUGGGUAUCUUAGCAUUCCAUAAAGCCUUAUUUGAACAGCCAAGAGAUCCUUUGGUGGUUGCUGCAUUUUGUCUGGCUGUCCACAAUGGUGGAGAUAUGUCAGAAGCAGUAAGCAUAGCAAGGAAGAUCGACAAGCAACACGAGAUCAGCUUUCAUGAAUUAUCAGAAUCUACAGAUCUUGAUUCAGAUGCACUGGUUAAUGAGGUAAUAGAUCUCGGAGAAUCUGUUAAACACGUACUAAGCAUGAUGACUACUGAGUAUUAUGUCUCUCAAGCGAUGGCAGAAUAUCCUCGCGCCCCUUAUUCAGAUCUAGUAAUCAUCUCAUUGAUGUUGUAUACGAAAACUUGCGAGAUUUUCAAGUGUGUAAGACAUGGUAAAGAGAGGGGAUUUAUCCCCAAACAAGGUAGCAGGAUAAAGUAUGAGUCGGUGGCUUUAGGAAACCUUCAGGAACUGCGACAUGUUUUUGCAAGAAUUGUGUUUGAUACUGUGUACCCACUCAAUUUAACCUGAGCUUGGAGAGUGUAAACAGGCAUUACAAGAUAUGUUUCAAGAGAAAUCAAAAGAGCCUGAUAUUCAUGUGUUCUACCAGUUUAAUUUCACUGAGGUACUCUCUGCAAGUUCUUUAACCGCUCUUUCAGUCUUGGUGUACAAGGGCGUCCAGAAGCGCAUUCAAUUCAUUAUUCUCAGGCUAAUGAAUAGCAUCUCAAUCAACUCAGGUGCGCUAGAAUUGCAAAAAAAAUUCAUUAUCAUGUAAUCUUUUUAAGAUACAAUAUCAGAUGCCAAACUAGCAGGAUGUAUUUUUAAAUUGAGAUAAAUGGGAGAUUGAAAUCAGAACCCCCACUUCAAGAUAUCAA